CUUAUCGCCCGUUCAUCGACUCCCGUUCCAGCUCUAGCUCGUCGUACAAAAUAUUUUUUUCCGCAGCGAAAAACUCAAUUUCCUCGCUUGUCCGUCGAUAUUUGUUUGUCACCUUCCGUCGGCCAGAAUUGCAGCGAUCGCAGGGAGGCCCAGCGGACGUGCGUGAAAAUCCAGGGCCGCGAGUUUUCACCGGAGAGCGCAGAGCGUGAGAAACUGCGUACGUACGAAAGGCAAGGAAAAAGUGGGCAGCCAAAAGCGAAGAAAGAAGUAGACGCCAGCACAUCCCGAUUCCCAAUUGGACCCGAACAGGAGAGUGCCUUCCAAUAGGAGUACUGCAGCAGCAGCAGCGACAGCAGCAACAACAACAUGGCACUGGACAGUGGGACGCAGACGAAUGCGCUGACAUCAUCCUUCACCACCAAGAAAAAGGAUGCGGCCGCGGAGAAGGAGAACCUAUGGUCGGCGAUAUUGAAUGAAGUACAAACACAGGGCAGCACAAAACUUCCAUCAAACAAAUCUGUACUAGUAUUAGGCGACAAUGCCACCGGAAAGACGACACUCAUAGCCAAACUGCAGGGCGUCGAGGAUCCAAAGAAGGGUUCCGGCCUGGAGUAUGCCUACAUCGAUGUCAAGGACGAGUACAGAGACGACAUGACGCGUUUGGGCGUUUGGGUCCUGGACGGCGAUCCAGGACACACAAACCUGCUACACUAUGCGCUCAACGAAACGAACUAUGCACACACCCUCGUCAUCCUCACCGUUUCGAUGACGCAGCCGUGGGGCUGGCUGGAGCAGCUGAACCACUGGAUCAAGGUCCUCGGCCAGCACAUCGAGAGCCUGCAGCUGGACGCCAAAGAGAAGGAGGCGGCCCGCCAGCGGCUGGCCACCACGUGGCAGAGCUACUGCGAGGUGGGCGACGACCUGGACCCGGGCUCGCCGGUCAAGCGGACGAUGCGCAACAACUCGAUCGACGAGGAUGACCUGCUGCCGCUGACGGAGGACGCACUAAUUACCAACCUGGGCCUCGACAUAGUCGUUGUGGUCACAAAGACGGACUACAUGACCACGCUCGAGAAGGAGUACGAGUAUCGCGACGAGCACUUCGACUUCAUCCAGCAGUGGAUACGCAACUUCUGCCUGCGGCACGGCACCUCGCUCUUCUACACGAGCGUCAAAGAAGACAAAAACUGUGAUCUCCUCUACAAAUAUCUGACGCAUCGAAUUUAUGGUCUACCAUUCCGUACGCCAGCGCUAGUCGUUGAGAAGGAUGCGGUACUCAUUCCGGCUGGCUGGGAUAGCCUGAAAAAGAUUAGUAUUUUGUACGAGAAUAUGCACGGAGUCAAGGCCGAGAAUCCCUACACAGAUAUCAUCAAGUCGCCGCCAACUAGAAAGGCGGUUUCCAAUCGCGAGACAGAAGUGCAGACGGAGGACGAGCAGGCCUUCCUGGCUCGCCAGCAGGAGAUCCUCAAGCAGGGCGACCAGGUGCGCGGCGAGUCGCCUCUGCGGUCGCAGGGAGUGGGCAGCAACAAGAGCGGACCCCGAACGCCAGGCACCGCUGGCCAGAGUUCACCCAAAAAGAUUGAUCCCAAGCUGACGCCAGCCACGCCCGGCGCCGAGGGCGUUCUGGCCAACUUCUUCAACUCGCUGCUGCACAAAAAGUCGGGCAGUCCGGCGAGUGGCGGUCCUGGUGGCGCCGGCAGUCCCGCGGGACCGGGUCGCACUGCCAAUGGCACGGAUGCCAUGAUGACGCCCGAGAAGCUGGCCGUGCGCACGGAUGCGGCCGCCGAGCUGGAUCGAUUAUCGCGCAGCGUGAAGAAGGAGAUCGAUAUGUCGCAGAGUGAGUGUUGAGCCGCGUAGUCAGCCAGCAACACCGCAGCAACAGCAACACAGACCACACAGCAGAACACCAGCGGCAGCGGCGACAACCAGAACCAGAAGAACACAAGAAAACAUUAAUUAAGCAUCAAGUGAAUAGGCAGAGACUCGUAGAGAACGCAGGGCAAGUAGUGUUGAGAAGAGCCACGAAGAGAACCACAAUUUAAGACGGCUGGAAGAUCAUUAAAUGGUCUGCCAGCCGAUGUGCAGGCUUUGAUCAGUUUUUGAGGGCAUAGUAUUUAAAAGGGGAAACUGCAGAGGCAUGCCAAUAGCAUCUAUUACGGAGAAUAAUGUGAAGGAAAUUGAAUUGUUUACCAAGAGAACUUUUGUAAAUGAUUUAAAGAUUAGUAGACUUAAGUCUCUAGCAAAGCCUUUGGCAGUUUUCUAACAAUUUUGGAAUUACAAACUCCACUUUCCAGCGCCCCCGAAAACUGUUUAGGGCCCAGGGAUUUCUCAUAAACAUUUCAAAUCUUCCCGAAACUCAUGUGAUGAGUUCGACAACCACAAGUGAUUCUUAUUACGAGCCUCCUGCGGCAUACUCAGCAAAAAACGUUCGAUAGGAAAUGAAACAGAGAAACGAAACGAAAACUAGAAAUGAGAGAUGAUAAACGUAACGAUGAACAUUCGCCACUUAAUGGUUUAGCUUAGCGAAAGAGUCUCCUACUCGAAGAGAAGAUCUGCGAGGCCUACUGUACUCCCCCCUGCGCAGCUCAUCCCGCUCUGCAUGUGUCUAAAGGGUCCUGGCGAUAUAGAGAGAGAGACAGGAUAACGUUAAGGAUAAUGUGAAGUAGUUCUUUUUUUUUUCGUUCGCGGGUCCACACAGACACAUUUGUAUAAUAAAUUAUUUAGAGCGCUGCAAAGUGCAACUAACCAACGGCAGACAAAUGAGAGAUUCGAACAGUCCAAGAUCCCUGCAAUGAGGAUGGUAUUCGCCUAGCUUGUAUGUACUUUUUAAUUAUAUUAAUUAAUUACACAACCACACACACACACACGCACACCGAUUCGGUAGGCAAAAUGUUAAGACUAGUAUUUAUGCCGGCGGAAAUGACGAGUGGCCUGUGACGUGUGUUCGAUUUUUAGUUAACCCACGAUUUGCGUUCUUUGCUUUUGUUCACCAACCAACCAGCCAGCCAGCCAGCCAGCGAAACCCAUUGUAAUUAAUUUUAACCACGAUUCCCCAUCCCCUCGAUUUUAAUGUAGACCCGCCUCCUCCCUAUCCGCUCAAGAGGAGGGACAGCUGUGUGUCUCCGUUUUAAAGCAAGUUUUUAUUUAAGCCAUUUUAAUCGAGCGCGGACCACGAGCGAAUGCAUGUGUCUGAAUCAGGAGCUAAAGAAAUCAAGAAAUCAGGAGCUAAAGAAAUCAAGAAACCAAUCAAGAAAUCGAAGUGGAUCGCACGUUGCCCGCGGCCCGGGCGAUGAAUCCAUUUCAUUAUGAUUUACUCGAACCGAGAAGAAGCUUUCUUUUUGCCAUAUGUAUUCCACCAAAUGUAUGUAUGCUCUUCUCCCUGUCGGUAGUAGUAAUUUCCCUAACUUUCUCCACAUAUCCCCACCAUUUCUCCUCCCUUCCUUCCGUUCAACUCUUUGCCUCUCGCUCUUUGCCGUGUGUCGUCGGAAGCAGCCACAAAAAACUCGAUAAACCAGAAAGAUGAAAACGAGAAUUAAAAACGUGCUACAGAAAAUAUUUUUAUGUAUAAUACUAAAUAAUUAUAUGAAAUAUAUUGUAUAACAUUACAUAUAUAUAUAUAUAAAAAGCAGAGCAAAUUAAAAGCAUUGUGCAAGCGAUUAUUUAAACAAAUUGAAUCGGUAUUUGAAAACUCCCAACAAAGAACAAAGCUAAAAAAUCACACAAAAAUAAAUAAAUGUAAAUUAAAACACAACAAAGUAUAGCGUCAAAAACUGCAACAAAAAGUAAAAUAAUUUAAAUAAAAUUUUCCAAAAACACAAAAAAAUUAAA